AUUUACCAGGGUUAUAUUUACCCAAAACGGAGUAGAUAUGACUGUGCUGCCAUAUAGAAGUAAUUUAUUUUCAUCUAUUAGGCGUGGUUCGCAAAUUCAAUAAAAUUUGUGUACAAAUCUUUAUUUUAUAUAACUAGUAUGUUAUUAGUAUGGAAACUCCUACUAAACGUCUAAUGAGAGAAAGAAACAACAUAUUUAUGGAACUUGUAAAAAACUUGUAAAAAAAACGUCCGAUGUGUAAAUAAUUUUGACUACCACUGAAAGCUGUUACACUAUUCCCGUAUAAUUCAUGUACAUAAUUUCUUGCUUUCUUAUUGUAGUGUUAUUAUUAUUAUUGUAAACAUGUCGUAAAUCUAUUGAAUAAAUUCAUUUCAAUAUUCAAGAUAUCAACAAAGUUUUGAAGAAUACACAUAUAUCAAGAAGAUAAAAUAGUUAACGUUGAAAUGAGGAUAAAAAUGAGGCGACAAGGUGUAUAAGAACUCUCUUUCUUAUCGCAAGUAUUAUUGGUGAGGGUUUAGAAAAGGCAUCAUAUUAACUAUAAUUAUUUUGUAAACUUGAUCCAAAUAAAAAAUCAUCAACAGAAUAUUGUAACGAAAAUGGCACCAGAACAAACUAGAAUUGACAAUCGAAAUCUAUAACUUGCCAGAUCUAUCUAGACAUCGAUAUUCGUAGUUGCCAGAAUGUUCGAGUGACGAUAACAUGCUAGCAAUCGACUAUAAAAGGGCUGUCGGACUGGCAGCAAGACACAGUUCUUAUAAGAGAGUUGUCGAGUGAGGACAAUUCUAAGGAGAGAGUUGUCGAGCAAAGUGUAAACAAGUUAUAAGUUAGAGUUGUAAAGUAGAGUAUUGAGUACUAAAGUGUUAAGUUAUAAGGAAUUAGAAAUAAAGAUUAAUGUAUAGCCAUUUAAGUGUGACUUUUAUAAACUUUUACAAUUGGUGUCAGAAGUGGGAUUGACAAAUAAAACUCCAUAGGAGAUAAUGGCCAAAUUCAGCGAAUUAAGGAUACCACAACUCAAAAGAGAGUUGGAACAACGAGGCUUAGCAACGAAUGGUUUGAAAUCAGAAUUGCAAGCCCGGUUAAGAGAGGCAAUGGAAGAAGAAAACAUCAACGUUGACGAAUAUGUAUCAGCUCAAUUUUCUUCACAGUUAAAAGAGCGGAUGUUGGAAGCGAAUGGGUUAUCCUCAAAGUUGGAAAAGUAGGAGGAGGAGUCAAUGGAUGUGACCUCAAAAGAAGCAGACGUGUUAACACAGCAGGAAGCGCACGAAGAAGCGAAUGAGGCGCUUAUGUCAAGACCUUUGGAAGCGCAUGGAGAGAUUCUGUUAUCACAAUUGGAAGUGAAUGGGGUGUCUUCACAGCUGAAAGAGGAGGAGUCGAUGGAGGUGACCUUACAAAGGGAGGAGUUGUCAACACAGCUGGAAGUGCAUGGAGAGUGUAUACCAUCUCAGGUUUCGGCACAGGUGUGGACGCAGUUGAAGGAACAGGAGGUGCAUAAAUCGAUGCAGGUGAUCCCAGAGAAGACAGACGUGUCAUGGACAAAAGAUUGUGAUAUGAAGGAACAAGAAUCUCAAGAUGAAGCUCCAGUUGUGAAACAUCCAAAUAAUGAAGAAAUGUAUGCAGAACCUCUAUUCUCAAAGGCACAGUGGAACAGUUUCAAGUUGGUCGCUGGUUGCUUAUAUCGAGUGUGGAAAGGCAAAGGAGGAUACUGCUCCCGAUCUCUCGUGGUUGUUCGAAAUGAAAGAUCUCCUACAGUUUGCUACGAGAUGCACAAAGGUCCAAGUGAAGGACACAUAAGAAUCACGGAAACCUUGGGAAGGUUGAGGAAUCAAUUUUGUUGGGUUGGUUGUCGUCAAUCAAUGAGAGAUUGCAUUGCAAAUGAAGUGUCGAGUUCCAAGAGACAUGGUCAGAUGAAGCAGUACAGUUCCGGAACGCCAUUGGAGCAAUUUGCCAUAGUUGUAGCUGGUCCAUUACCUACCAGCAAAUCAGGAAACAGGAAUAUUUUGUUGGUCAGGACAAAUAUGUGCGCAAUUCGUAGUAAAGAGACUGACGAGAUGGUGGACGUGGACAUCAAAAGUUGGGAGAUGUGCCAGAAGCUAUGUGUCCGGAAAAUAUGUGAAGCUGCAUCACAUCCACGAUUCGAUAUCAUGGUGGAAAGAUUCAUCCGAAAUUUGGAAGAGCAUUUUAGAAAGCUGGUGGACAGGUAUCGUCACAGAUACAGAGGACGUCCAUAUAUCCAUGUUCCUGGAAUCAACGGCGUAGACCACUGUGAGGAUAAUUUUUGGUUACUGAUUGAUUUAAGGUUUAGGAUUAAUGCUAAUGGAGAAAGAAAUGCUAAAGAGGACAACAGUGUCCUAGAAGACGAGAUGAAAGAAAGAAAUACUAAGGGUUUGGUUCUGGAAGUAUGUCUAAUCGGGACGAUCAGACUUAAGUGGAGGGCAGUGUAACGAAAAUGGCACCAGAACAAACUAGAAUUGACAAUCGAAAUCUAUAACUUGCCAGUUCUAUCUAGACAUCGAUAUUCGGAGUUGCCAGAAUGUUCGAGUGACGAUAACAUGCUAGCAAUCGACUAUAAAAGGGCUGUCGGACUGGCAGCAAGACACAGUUCUAAUAAGAGAGUUGUCGAGUGAGGACAAUUCUAAGGAGAGAGUUGUCGAGCAAAGUGUAAACAAGUUAUAAGUUAGAGUUGUAAAGUAGAGUAUUGAGUACUAAAGUGUUAAGUUAUAAGGAAUUAGCAAUAAAGAUUAAUGUAUAGCCAUUAAAGUGUGACUUUUAUUUGACAAUCCAGCGAUCGAACUCAGGGUAGAGUUUCAGAGUAAACGGCAGAUUUUGGAAAUCCGUUACAAUAUCAUAAAAUAAUUCAUUUCGACUGAUCACAAGUUUUAAUAUUUGAAGACAAAAUUAAAUUGGUUUAUAUGUUUGAAAAAGGAAUAAACAAUCUUAGGCGCCUGCUACACGUUCAGUAUUUAUCGUGAUAUUUCCUGUAUCGCGAUAUUUAUUGAACGUUUAGCAUGCAAUAUUGAUGGAUCACGAUCCAUAUAACAAAAUAUGUAAAUAUUUUGAAAUCCAGACCGCGGAUCGUGGAUCGCGAGAUAAAUAUUGAAUGUGUAGCAUAUUUUGUGAUUUACAAGUCCGAAUUGGUGAAAUACAACAGUGCCAAAAUUUUAAAAUAAACUUUAUUCUAAUAAAUGAACAUAAAUUAUACUGUUUACAAUAGAAUCUUUGCCAGAGCUAUGCAACUCAUCUGCCAAAGGUUUUUUGAUAACGUCCAAAUAUUGGAUACAGUAAUAAUGAAUUGCUGUGGGAGCAAAAACAAUAGCCAAACAUGAUUUUCUUAGGUUUUCUUCCGAAAUUUUAUGAAAAAAUUUA